AUGGAACGUCCAUCUUCUACAGCCGUUGAAAUCGCCACUGCCAUGUUCGAAAUCACUCUUACCAACACUCUUACAUCUCCUCUUCUCCGCCUCCCCGCUGAAUUGCGCAACAAGAUCUACACCUAUGUAGGCCACUCGGCACAGAUCUCCAUCGCCGCGACCAUUACCAAUGCGAACCUUGGCGAUCCAACCAGCAAUCCUUCCAAAUUCACCAUGCAAUUCGUCCUGCCGGGGCUCCUCUCGACCUGCCAUCAGACCCGCUCCGAAGCUACCGCACUCGUAUACGCCCAAAUCACCAUCGACACCUUCCCCGGCGACGCAUGGUACUGGCUCUACUCACAAUCUUCACACCAAAUUUGCGCCCACGUCACUUCACUUCAGAUCAGUGAAUUCUUUGCCGACCUCAUGGAACGAGAAGUCAAUGAGCGCGAGAAGAAUUCGAAAGAUACCAAAUGCUGUACCGUGCACUUACCACGUCUGAAGCGUGUGCACGUCGUAUGUCAGGUGGUAGCCGGCUGGCCAAUAGGCGGGGGUGAGUCCAUGGAGGAAGCGGUCAGGAAAUGGUUUGGAAACGAGGGCUUGGAUGUGUUCUUUGAGGGGAACUGGGCGAAGCAGUACUUUUCUCCUCCUCAUUCGCUCAUAGAGAGGUUCGAUAUGUUGGUGGAUGUGGAGUGA